AUGAAGACACAGGAGGCUCAGGGCUACUCCUGGUGUAACUAUGUUCCCCCUUUAAAGAAAGAGGGCACUUUCAGACCAGUACUAAACCUAAAAUCUCUGAACAAGCUGGUAUCCAAACAGAAAUUCCUCAUGGAAUCAAUUCGAUCAGUGAACAUCGCUGACAUUUACAUCUUGAAGAGGCAACAUGGCCAAGGUCAAAACCUGAACAUGGUGGUGCUGGAUAACCCCUGCCCCUUCCACAACCCUUUCCAGUUUGAAAUUACCUUUGAAUGCAUAGAUGAUCUGGAAUGGAAGAUCAUCUAUAUGGGAUCUGCUGAGAGUGAAGAAUAUGAUCAAGUGCUGGAUUCUGUCCUGGUGGGUCCUGUCCCUGCUGGGCGGCACAUGUUUGUCUUUCAAGCAGAUGCUCCUGAUUGCAGCCUUAUUCCUGAGUCGGACGCUGUAGGAGUGACUGUAGUGAUGAUUAUCUGCACAUACCAUGGUCAGGAAUUUAUCAGAGUUGGAUAUUACGUAAACAAUGAGUACUCUGACCCAGAGCUACGGGAGAACCCACCUCUCAAGCCACAUUUCGGCGAGGAGUUGGGUGUCAGAUGAAUGAUAUUGCGAUAGACACUGAGCUGGCAGGAAACUAGUUAAGCACAUAUCUUCGUUUACUGUUGCCCCGAACUCAGAUAAGGAGAGGUGUAUAAGGGGAACCGGACUGCUGGACAAAACUUUCCAUACCUUCAAUGGGAACCCACUGCACCUCAGAGUGUCCUGCCGCAGGAGAUAGCCCUCAAAUGGGUUGUUCCUUGCCGUAAUCCGCCAGACCUGCUUUCCGAAUUUCUCCACAGAUGUGGAAACCGGUGAGCACAUGUAUUUGACGUCUCCCUCGUUCCCAGAGGCUACGGUAGAGCGUGUGUCCAACUGAUGAGACUGCCACACGGGGCAUAUAAUAAUAUUUCGUAAUGAUGCUCUAUGAGCACUUCUGCUUAUAGGCUGCUGUGGGCAUGUGGAAAUUUUGAAUAGCGCACUCCCUCAAUGUUUGCUGGUUAGUUGUCCCUACUUAUUUUCGUUUGUUGCUACAAGUCCUGUCCCACACCACCCAAACUCUGCAAGAGGCAUGAGAACCAUAGUGCGCUAGAUCCUUUUCCCAGCAAUAAGUGUCAGUGAGCCUGAAGAGCAUUCAGAAUCCGAGGGGGGGAAAAGGUUUUAAUAGUCUACAAGGAAAAAGACAAAAAAAAAAUGAAAAAGAAAAAAAACAAGCUAGAACUUGGAUUAUGUACUGCUGAUGUAAAACAGGAAGGAAAAGAUACAGACACAGACACCAUGCAAUAUUAUUAAAGUAAAGGAAACAUUCAAAGCUAAUUGUUUCAUUUUGGGAUAUUUCCCCUGACUGUGGCCAGGUAAACGAUACAGUUAAUGAACAAAGUCUCAUGAAUGUAUUUAUUCUCCUAUUCUUAUCCUAUUCAAUCACAAAUGUAACAUCUUAGGCAAUAAAGAUAAAUGACCAAAUAAAGAUAAGUAAAGUCUC